UAAUUUAAACCAAAUAUAGUAAUUUAGCCAUGAUCCUCUCUCCAAGAUACACUCGUACAGUCAGACAUUCUCGGACCUCCAUUUUCCUUUUCGAUCACAUUUACAUCUCCAGACAAAAGCUUCGUUCAAACUCGAAAAAAAUCCCCUUUCUCCUCAAUUUUUGAUCUUACCAUGAACAAACCCUAGUUUCGUACUUUCGAAAUCGUCAAAUUCAAAUUCAAUUACUAAUUUUUCUCUCAUAAUUGAGCCCCAAAGAUUUUCGCAGUUACCGAAACCCUAAAAUCUUUUCAUUUCAAUCUUCUUGAUUUCCUUACAAUCUUCUUUCGUACUUUCUUUUUGGUACAGAUCUGAAAUCCUUUCUAGUCGUUUUACGGAGUAGUUCGUGAUACUGAUAGUGGCACUUUUUUUGGACGUGCACUAUUCUUCUUCGAAUUCUCAAAAUUUGUACUGUAUAUAUAUAAAUUCUAGGUUUUCUGGUAUUUCGUUUGUCUAGGGUUAGAUUUUGCGAUUUAGGGUGUUUCAAUUGUUUUCGAAGAUGAAUGACAACGUUAGAGGUCGUUUUCCGCCAGGAAUGGGCAGAGGAAGAGGCGGAUUAGGCGUAGAUGUAGGUGGUCUAGGUGGUGGUGGGCGCGGUGGGGGAGGCGGCGGUGGUGGGAUGGGUGGAAACCCUAACUUUCAAGGUGGGAAUUUUCAGCAGCAGCAGCAUUACGUGCAAAGGGGGUAUAACAACAAUAUGCAAAAUCAUCACCAACAACAGCAUCAAUUUCAGCGUCAGCAACAGCAACAACAACAUGAACAACAUUUUCAGCAUCAUCAGCAGCAGCUGCAGCAGCACAAGCAGCAACAACAGCACCAACAGCAGCAGCAGCAGCAACAACAACAACAGCAAUGGCUUAGGAGGAAUCAGUUAGGGGGUACAACAGAGACCAACGUCGAGGAGGUCGAGAAAACAGUGCAGUCUGAAGGGAUUGACUCGAGUUCACAAGAUUGGAAGAUAGGGUUGAAGCCACCGCCACAAGACACACGCUUUAGAACAGAGGAUGUGACGGCCACUAAAGGGAACGAAUUUGAAGACUAUUUUCUGAAGCGUGAGUUACUGAUGGGUAUAUACGAGAAGGGUUUCGAAAGGCCAUCCCCUAUUCAGGAAGAAAGUAUUCCAAUUGCGCUCACUGGUAGUGAUAUUCUAGCCAGAGCGAAGAACGGGACAGGAAAAACUGCUGCUUUCUGUGUUCCUGCUUUGGAAAAAAUCGAUCAAGAUAACAAUGUUAUUCAAGUUGUCAUACUUGUUCCUACAAGGGAAUUGGCACUCCAGACAUCACAGGUUUGUAAAGAGCUUGGAAAGCAUCUGAAAAUUCAAGUUAUGGUUACCACUGGUGGAACCAGUUUGAAGGAUGAUAUUAUGAGAUUGCAUCAGCCAGUCCAUUUACUUGUGGGAACUCCUGGACGAAUUUUAGAUCUUGCAAAGAAAGGAAUUUGUGUUUUGAAAGACUGUUCGAUGCUUGUAAUGGAUGAGGCUGAUAAGCUUUUGUCUCCGGAAUUUCAACCAUCUAUAGAGCAGCUUAUCCAAUUUAUGCCAACAAGUCGUCAGAUUUUAAUGUUUUCAGCUACAUUUCCUGUCACUGUUAAAGAUUUCAAAGAUAGAUAUCUACAUAAGCCUUAUGUUAUCAACUUGAUGGACGAGCUUACCCUGAAGGGUAUAACACAAUUCUAUGCUUUUGUUGAAGAAAGACAAAAAGUCCACUGCCUGAACACCCUUUUCUCCAAGCUUCAAAUCAACCAGUCAAUUAUUUUUUGCAAUUCGGUGAAUCGUGUUGAGUUGCUAGCUAAGAAGAUAACAGAGCUUGGGUAUUCUUGCUUUUACAUUCAUGCCAAGAUGCUGCAAGAUCACCGUAACAGAGUUUUCCAUGAUUUUCGUAAUGGGGCGUGUCGUAAUCUUGUGUGCACUGAUUUAUUUACUAGGGGAAUAGACAUUCAGGCCGUCAAUGUUGUUAUCAAUUUCGACUUCCCAAAGAACGCUGAAACCUAUCUUCAUAGGGUUGGUCGAUCAGGAAGGUUUGGCCAUCUUGGUUUAGCUGUGAAUUUGAUCACUUAUGAAGACCGUUUUAACUUGUAUAAGAUUGAGCAAGAACUUGGAACUGAAAUAAAGCAGAUUCCUCCGUUUAUAGAUCAAACUAUCUACUGUCGUUAAAUAGUUCAGUUUGAUUGAUGCUGUACUCCAUGGGUGAAUAGUUGCUGAUCAUGGUAUGGGAUCAAGAUCGGAUUUGCCCAGCUCAGCAUCAGCUUUAGACUUUGGGUGGGAUGAUAUCUAGUUCUUCUGUCAAGUGAAUGUGUUGUGAAGAUCUUCAUGGAAUGUUCCCUAUACUUCUAACUAGUAGUAUUGUGUAGGAUGGAGAUAUUUUCAGGAUUAAUUAUUUAUGAAAGUUUAGUUAGGACAUUGCUCUGGGGUUAGGUGCCUGCAUUUACUGGCUGGAAGGAUGUUUCAUCCCUCCUCUGUCUGAUUUCCAUGAACAACCUAUUAGCUUGUGUCCUAUCCGUUUGUGGCACGGUGUUUGAAUUUCUGGAUGUUGCUCGUCUUUUGUUGUUGCAGAAAAUAAACUACUACUCCAUAUUCCAUCCUGGUGGAGUUUUCA